UCUUGGCAUCUGAUUUUAUUCUAAUGGGUUAAAUUGGGUUCACUUUUACAAUUAUCCCAGGUUUGACUGCGUAGUAUUGCAUGACAACUCACAGUUUCAUCGGGUUUGGCAAAGCGAGGUUGCUCCAUGAAUCCGUAUAUCAUAUCACAUCAGAUCAGGCUGAAGUUUGCUGUUUAGCGACUCCAUUUGAGAGGCUUUUUAUGAAAGUGGGAAGGGUUGAUGCAGUCCAUGGCUGGUUCAGUGCGAUUUGAAAAAAAAAAAAAUGUGGAGAGAUGGCAACAACCCGGGGUUUGCUGCUCAGCUGUGAAUAAGCACAGAACGAAAAAAACGACGUGAUGGGGAAACGCUCAGCUCGCUACAAUAUUUUUAACAGCCUCUCAGUCCUCGCCUUUUUUUAAUUUCCUAAUAUGUUCUUUGCUUUAUUAGUUUUAUUUACAACCAGCUCCCCAUUAACACCUCACCUGAUUACUGAGGAGCUGAGACAGCUAAUCAAGAAAAUCCAGCAAACCAGCCAAAAUCGAGAGGGAUCCUCUGCUAGGAACAAGGAACAACCUCCAUCUACUGGCUAGAUCAUUGCGUCUCUUCUCCAUCCAAAACCCAUCCCUCAUCACUCAUUAAGGAGGGUAUAAUUUUGGAAGAAGCUUCUGAGGUUUCAAGGAAGCCCUCGGUGCUUGUGCAAAGAGAAGCUCCUAUUGCAACCUCCCUCCCUGCGCUGUGCGCCUCGGUGUAAACAUUUUGGAUGAUCUAAAGACUCUGGGGUCUGUAUAUGGAAAUAGUGGGGUGCAGAGCAGAAGAAAAUACUUGUCCUUUCCGUCCCCCAGCCAUGCUUUUCCACGGGAUCUCCGGAGGCCACAUCCAAGGAAUCAUGGAGGAGAUGGAGAGGCGAUCCAAGACCGAGUCCCGCCUGGCCAAAGGGGGACAGAUGAACGGCCGAGAAACGAACAUGCCCCCCAUGAGCCCCGAGAAGCCUGCUUUGUGUGCUGGUUGUGGAGGGAAGAUCUCAGACAGAUAUUACCUGCUGGCUGUUGACAAACAAUGGCACCUCAGGUGUCUUAAGUGCUGUGAAUGUAAACUGGCUUUGGAGUCAGAACUCACCUGCUUUGCCAAGGACGGCAGUAUUUACUGCAAGGAGGAUUACUACAGAAGGUUCUCCGUGCAGAGAUGUGCCCGCUGCCACCUUGGGAUCUCAGCCUCUGAAAUGGUCAUGAGAGCCAGGGAGUCGGUUUAUCACCUGAGCUGCUUCACCUGCACCACCUGCAACAAGACUCUGACCACGGGCGAUCACUUUGGCAUGAAGGACAACCUGGUUUACUGCAGGGCCCACUUCGAGUCCCUUUUGCAAGGAGAAUAUCCCCCUCAGCUGAGCUACACCGAGCUGGCUGCCAAGAGCGGAGGGCUGGCCCUGCCUUACUUUAACGGCACUGGCACGGUCCAGAAGGGGAGGCCCAGGAAAAGAAAGAGCCCUGCCUUGGGAGUGGACAUCGUCAGCUACAACUCAGGUUGUAAUGAGAAUGAGGCAGAUCACCUGGACAGAGACCAGCAGCCUUAUCCCCCGUCCCAGAAGACAAAGCGCAUGCGCACCUCCUUCAAACACCACCAGCUCCGUACCAUGAAGUCCUACUUUGCCAUCAACCACAACCCAGAUGCCAAGGACCUCAAGCAGCUUGCCCAGAAAACAGGCCUGACCAAGAGAGUUCUGCAGGUUUGGUUUCAAAACGCAAGAGCCAAAUUCAGAAGGAACCUUUUGCGGCAGGAGAAUGGGGGUGUCGAUAAAGCUGAUGGCACCUCACUACCGGCACCGCCCUCAGCAGACAGCGGCGCACUCACUCCACCCGGCACUGCGACCACUUUAACAGACCUGACCAAUCCCACUAUCACUGUAGUGACAUCAGUGACCUCUAACUUGGACAGCCACGAAUCCGGGAGCCCCUCACAAACUACCUUAACGAACCUUUUCUAACAUUUCAGUUGUUUUUUUUUUUUUUAAUUCUUACUCUUCAUUAUUAUUAUUAUUAUAAUUAUUAUAAUUAUUAUUAUUAUUUUCAAGCCUUUUUUUAAAAAAAAAAAACACAACAAAACCAACAAACCCACAAAAUAUUUGGGAAAAUAAACAGCUUGAUGUGUAGCAUCUGCAGCCACUUGGCAAAUGAGUUUGAAGUAAUAUGUUGCUAUAACAAAUGAACAUUUAUUGUUGUUAAAUUGUACUCAAAUUUUUUAAAUUCAUCAAAUGACUGGAGAGAAGGUUAUGAAUCAUUCUCAUAAGUGCCUCUUAAAAUUGUAUGUUACUUAUUUCCAGAACCUUGAAAAAAUUGAUUGUUACCACAAAAAGAAACAAAAAAAAGUUUCUUUCCCUCCUCCAUAACCAGAUAAAAACCAGCACCAAAAGAAUGCUGCUUCAGGAUUGUAUGUUCACUCACAGCAUUUAAGAACCCUAAAUUUAAUUUCAUUUUUAUAAUGCACCUAAAAGUUUUGUAUGACUUAUUUUUUUAAAUGUUGAAUAAUAAAUACAAAAUUAAUGAAACGAACCAUUGCAACAGUCAGACUGGAAGCGCCAAGGCUCUUUUCUAAGGCAUAAGUCACAAGCCUGAUCCUCCCUGAGCACUGGGGAUCUCACUGGGAUAGCUAAAUGCUCCUCUGCCAGUUCUUCACCCAGCUGGGACGUCCUUGGCCACCACUGAAAGCCAUGCCUGGAUGGAGGGCUUGGAGAGAGAGAGAUCCAGUGAUGAGAGUGCAUGUGGGUGAGGAUGGCAGGAUCAGGCCGCUGGUCUCCAAAUUUGUGUCCUGUACAUUAAGAAGACAAGAUCUGGGAAAAAAAGCCCUGCAGAAUGGGCUCACUCCUAUAAGAAUAUUAUUAAAUUAAUAGUAUCAGAAUAACAAUGCAGGUGAGGAGUCCUACUGAUCUGAAAUAUUGCAUAGGGAACAGUUUUAAUUUUUGUCUGUCAAGUAGCUCUGAUUUGGAAAUAAAAAAAAAAACACACCUAAAAAUUGCAGUUUGUUACAUGGCUUUGAUGCCACACCAUCAAAGCACACAGGAGGCUGCCCAGCUACUUUAGUGAGCACAGAAAUAAAUUCCAGGAAGGUAUAUUCCUAUGCAUUAUUGAAAUGAAUUUUUGAUAAAUCCUACUUUUUUUUUUUUCAGGGAAAAUGGAAAUAAGCAAAAUAUAAUUUAUUAAGAUGUUUAAGGAAAAUUAUUUCAGUACAAUUUACUCAUCACUAUUUUGAAUUUACUUUAGAUGUUUCCUGAGAUUGUAUCAGACACUUUGUUUAACACAGGAACUUAAAAAUCUUUAGUUCAUUAAUAUUUCUAACAUAUACUUUAACUUUUUAAACUUUGUAGAAAAAAAACUCUCAGCAAAAAUCGUACAAAACCAGGAAUUGGCAGUGAAUAACUUCAAAGCCGAUAAACUCAGAAGCCUUGUGGAUGCUGAUCUGAAUACAUUUCUUAGUUUACAGUAGUGAUCUUUCUUUUUUAGUUUUAUUUAAGCUAAAAGUCUGAAUGGUCUGGGCAGUGGUGAAUGUUCAUUUGUAUCCUUUUAUUGUAGUUGAACACCAAUUAGAUUGUGGAGAGUCUCAGAAACAAAACCGAACAAAAACCAGUCAAGAUCUAUGUCUUGCUUUUAGUGGAUUGUUAAGAAUAACUUUGCACAUAUACCCCACUUUUUAAACACCAUCAAAUCUCUUUUUGGUGGUCAAAGUGGCUAUUUAAUAUAUUUUAAAGGUGUCCUUUUUGGCUGUAUAAAUGUGUGGUUACAUAUUGACAGUUCACUGCCCACAUUAAAGUGCAUUAUUGUAAUUUUUGCUCAGGGUUUUUAGAAAAUUAGCACAGAAAAGUAGCUUAUUUUUAAAAAAAGAUGACGGAAGAGAUGUUAACACUGUAAUAGAAGAAAGGUGUGUUUGCCAUUAUAUAUUUAGCAAGUAUGGUUAUCAUCUUCUACGGAUAUUGAAUCUUGACUUUUCCUAUUUCUAUUACCUUAUGGGCAUUUACCACUAACCAGACCAAACGACCUUGGUAAGGCUGAGAUCUUUAUUAAUACACUUUUACAGGUAAAAAUAUUGAUACUUAUAAAUUUUGUUCUUUGACAGAACAAUAUAUGGUACUAGAGAUCUACUUUAUUAAGUAGACUAAUUAAAACUCAGUUCUACUAUGUGCCUUAUGAUAUACCUUGGGAGUAAGUUUGUGAAAAAUCAGGAUAUAUGUGUUGUUUGUUAAAUUAACUGUUUUAAGCCCUUUUGACACCUCACUAGUUUUGUACUGUUUUACCUCUUAUUUCUGAAACUCUUUUUAUGGUGUAUCCUGUUAGAGGGGACAAACAUGUCAUAGAAAGCAGUUGUGCACUCUUUCAGAUAUAGUUGAUAAAUCCAAUAAUCUUAUAUAUUGAGCUUCGUGUUUAUAGUACAGUAAGUGGUCUAGCAAAAUUGUCCAUGUUUCUUUGUUUAUUGAUAAAUGCAUUGUAUAGAAACUAUUUCCCCUAAAUAUUUAUGGACCAAACAAUUGUGAUAUAUCCUAUUAAAUUUGUGUGAAUAAACCAUUUUGAAUCUAAGGAGUUUUAUUUCCCAUCAAUUUUUCGUUGUUGGUUUUUUUUCUUUUCUUUUCUUUUUUUUUAAAUUUAAAGUCUCUGUGUACCAGUGCGUCUCUUUACUUUUACGGUAUCUCUGAACAAUUGGUAUUAAACACAGAAACACAACCUUUUAAAUUUUUUAAAAUAUGGUUCCUUCUUAGGUUUUCAGUUUCUUCGUAUUCGAUGUAUGUGCUACUGCCGGUGCAAUUUAGAUUUUAGCCUUUUAAGCUCCUUUUUUGAACAUGCAAAGUAAUGCCCCACUGAUUUGAUAUUGAAACCCUGUCUUAGACUUCUAAAAGAGCCAGAAAACUAGCAGCUAAAGUAAUUGCAUGACAAAUAUAACCUAAAUAGUAUGAUGAAAUGAACCCAGAUUUAAUGCUAGGUAUAUUGAACACAAAAUAGAAUUGCAGACCCCGAAAAGCCAGGUUGCUCUGUAGUUUAAUAAAUUGUCACUAUGAUUUCUUUCAGGGAGAACAAAUCAUGGGGCAUUACAGCCAAACAUCCCGACGUUUGAAAAUUCCCUAAAGUAUUAAAAGAAGGGGAAAAGUUUGAUCGGAAAUCCACUGCAGUGAAGACAAAGACAAUAUUAGGUUAUGAUAAUCAUACAUUUAAAAAUCUAUUGAGCCAAAAAAUAAAAAAAUAAAAGACUCGAUGUCAUUUCCUGAAUGUUAACAAAACAUAUGUUAUUUUAUGGUGUCUAAUUAACAGAACCGAAGGCUUCAGCAAAUUGUGUGGUAUCAAAAACAAAUUUAGAGAAACUAUGUAUAAAACCAGAGCAACCUGGCAGCAAUCUACCCAGCCCACAUUCGACGAAACCUUUUCUUAAAAAAAAAGAAAAUAAAAAAAUCACAUUUGUCAAGCACAAGUACUUGUAAAAUAAAAUCUGAGUGCAUUCAUUCCACUUGCUUGCUAAUGUGUACUAGUCAUAUCUGUUAAAUGGAUUUUUGUAAAUUCAAAGAGAACUUUUCACUCAUCCAAGAUCAUAGGAAUCAAAACCCAGUAACUUUAGUACUAUUGUUUCCGAAUUAAUUUUUUUUAAAUGAGACAAAUCUGCAUGCACUUUUCCAUCUGUCACAUAUAGUGUACAUUUCUGUAUAAUGAAUUUCUCUUUGAUGUUUCUUGUAUGAUAGCUUUCAUUAAUAAACAUUUUAUUUGAUGCAAACAUAGUUAACUUUAUGUAAACACAUAGUUAAUUGUUCCAACUAAUUUAAACUUUUCUUUUGAAAAGAAGCAGUACAGUGCAGUUCUAAUAUGCUAUAUAUAUAUCUAAAAUCAAAAACAAUGAGGUAGCAAUACUGUCUCGCAGUGUAAAAGUAUUUCCUUUGGUGUUAACUUUUUAGUUUUUUUAACUUCCUGUAUAAAACUGACAUGUUUUAAAAAAUAAAUUCCCAUCAGCAUCAAUAGUAAAACAAUCCCCAAAUUCUUCAUCAGUACAAGAAAACACGAUCAGUACAGUUUGUAAAAUCCUCAGUUACUUUUAGAGUACAAGGAUAGAAUUUGUGGAUCCCUGAGCUGUUUACAUGGUCACUAUGCAAUGAGCAAGUAUUAUAUACCAGGAAGUUGGUCCUAAGAUUCCCAGUCCAAAUCACAGAUGAUUUUUACAAGCCAGCCAGCAAGUGUAACAAUAACCACGUCUUAGUAAUGAGGUUUUGUAACUGUUAAGCAACUAUUUGCAGAAAGAUUUUUUUAAAAUAUAUUCCUAUUUAGCUGUAUAGCCAAAGCAUAUGUUAAACAAAUUAACAUAUAAAAGAUUUGCCAGAAAAAUCUUUCAUUAAGAUGACAUUUUUAUUAUAUACUAAUGAACCCUAUGUAAACAAUGUAACUUUUAUGAAUGAUGGACAUUAAAUAUUUCACUUACGUGUA